AUUUAAUUGAUGUAUACUGCAAUAUUAGAGGUGAACUGUAAAAUCCACAUUGUGGAAGAAAACCCCCUCAGACACGGAGAAAACACCCACAUUCACAAAACCAGGACCAAGAAUCAAACACAGAACCAUGAAAUUAGGAGGGUACAGUGAACAUGGGUAUGAUCUGCAUUAAUUAUUCUUCUUAUAUGCUAUCAAGUCCAUGGUGACCAUAUUUACAGCAUUCCUUUAAAAUGUCCUGUCUUCUGCCUGGGUUAUAAUUAACCAGUUGCCCGUCCAUCACAGGGCACAUACACAGCCUAACUGCAUGGUUAUAGACUGUGCAAAACCUACAUGACAGGGGUAGAACAUGCAAACUCCACACACACAGGAUGCAAACCUCCAACUUCAGAGGUGUGAUGAAACAAUGUCGCUUUAUGGUUUUUCUAGCUGUCAGUGGAUCCAGGGUCUCCGUAAACUAGGACAGGGUAAUGUCCAGGGUAAACACCCUUAUGCUAACAAUAAAAAUGCAUUACUUACAUUCAAGCUAUUCAGCCUAACCCAUACUAUGACUGUCCUGUGUUGUCUCCCAGGGUACGACUCUGUGGUGACAGGUAGCCCCUCCUCAUAGUUUAUUUUAUUGGCUGAGCUGAGUGAUGAGUCAGUCUCCACAGCAGCAGGUCACUUCUGUCCAUUAUAUGCUCCAUUCGUCAUUAACGCCUCUUUAAAUGGACAGGGACCAUUGCACCCGGACUUGCAUGGGGGUCGGGGAGCCCUCUGACGCAACCGCACAUUCCUGGCUGCUGAAGUUACGAAAACACAUAAUGGUCAGGGUUUCCGCCCCUGAUGUGUGUGCUGUAGGGAGGCAUGACCAGGGCACUUUAAAGCUCCCUGCUUUAAGCUGACGUUGUGUAGAGGGUCACACAUGCCCUGUUUUCUUACUGUCCUACAUGAGUGACUUAUAAAUAAUAUUUAUUUAGCCCUCUCCAUUCUCCCUAACUCUGCCCCCGCAAACCACUCUGAUUCAUGAAGGUUACCUAUUUGACUAGGAUGAUUUUAAACUUGAGCAUUUAAUCGCUUGAGUGGAACAUUGACUGCUCUCUUCUCUCUGUGGGUCAUCAGGGCUUGGGAGAGGUUUCUACCUGUGGUCUAUUGGGCUACAGUCAACACAAGGAGGAAGGUCUUUGCACCACUCUGGAGCACAGGAUUGUAAUAAAGGGCAUUUACUCUAGGAUUAUAUGUAGGUGUUAGGAGGUUUUAUCAAAAGCUACUUGCACAGCUUAUAGGUUUUUUUGGAAGCCAUUCAAAUUAGGUUGUUACUCAUGGCAAUUUUUUGAAUUUGAACCCAUGGAUCCAGCCGACCACCAUGCAGCCUGUUGUUCUGGAGAAUCUGCUGGAUGAGGUGGUGCAGUAGCAUCGUGGCUGAUGGGAACAGAUUUAUACAAAUGUGAUUGGCUGAACACUGGGGCGUGUGACCGGAAUGGAGAGGUUUGGGGGACCCACAGGGCCCAUUCACACUUCGCAAAGUUUUCCGACGGUCCCCGUCUCCCGGCCUGAUAGCAGACCACAGGAGAUGAGCUAAUGUGAGCUAAUGUUUUGUUCCGGAUCAGGGAGCAUUACCCUGAAGGCCUAACAACACCACUCCCCCCACCCCAGAUCCGUCUCCUAUCCAGACAGUAGUGGAGCAGCUGAGGUAGGCGUGAGAUGGACAAACUAACCUCACAUGUACACACCUGCGGUGUGGCCAUAAAAGUCUGAUCCAUUCUUUAUGAGUUUCCUCUACCCAAAUAGGCGAAAAUCCUGGCUAAACUGCCCUAGGCCUGGAUGAGGCCUACAUGAAGUCACAGUGCGGAUGCAGUGCUGCUGGAACCAUACUGACAUCAUUGGGAGUUUCUCCGAGGGAAGGAUGAGGACAGGGGUCAUCGCAAGAGGAGGGCCACACUGUCCAACUGGCUUAGUGUGAAUUGGGACUUCUGGGAUGCUACUUGGUAACAAGCUUGGUCCUGAGAGACCAGAAUCAUUCAUGUUAACAGUAUCCCAACAGGAAAGUCAAGCAGACUCUAUCCUAUAGCAAAAUUCUGUGAGGUUCAGUGCAGGUUAGAACUGUGCCUGUGAUCCGAUGGUGAGUGGUUUAAAUCCCAGGGUCGGCCGAGUGAUUUCACCAUUAGGCCCUUGAGAAAGGUCCUUAACCCCAACUGCUUCAGGGACUGGCUAACCCUGCUCUCUCAGCUGUAUGUUACUUUGGAUAAAGGUAUCUACUAAAUAAGCAAAGGCAGUAUUUUACUGUGGUGGUAGGUACCUUGUCGUGUAAUGUAUUCCCUUUUGGAAUGUUGAAAUAAAAUAGUGUUUUGAAAGCCUUGGUGUGGAUAUUAGCGCUGGAAUUGUUAGCGUGAUGAUUACUGACGGCAUUCUGCCAGGAUCAUAGUCUUAUAUCUUGGUGUGCUGUGACUUCCGUGGGUCUUUAUGACUUUCCUCCACAUUUCGUCUGUUAGUCAUACCAGGAUGUGUCAGUGUUUCUAUCGUUUUAGAGGUCAUGCCCACUGGAGCGAGGAACUGUUUGCUCCAGAGUGCCAGAGUUAUGCCAAGACAACCUUUUUCCCCACACCGCCUUCACCCCCCCGAGACCCCGGCGCCGCCCGCCCUCCUGUUCGGCCCACAGCGCCCCUCAUCAGGGCUGCGCCUGGCUCAUAAAGUAUCGGGGGUAUAAAAUGGAGCUACUUUGGGCUGAGGGAAGAUUCUGAGAGACGACCAUGAGCGCAAUGGCAGGACAGCUGGCUCUGGCUCUUUUGAUGGGGACUGUGCUUUGGACCACCUGCCCAGGGGCUCCGACACAAUGUCACUUCAACUUCCGAGCAUCGUGUCAGUACCAGGGUACCUUCUACUCCCUGGGCGAAUCCUGGACCACCGCCGAAUGCCUCCAGUGCACGUGUCUGCAUCCAGUGGGCGUCGGCUGCUGCGAGACCGUCCAGCACCCAGUGGACUUCCCCGCUUGGUGUGAGGUCCGUGUGGAACCAGAGACCUGCAGGGCCACGCUGGUGCAGACCGCAGACCCCCGCCUUCCAUGCGUCUCCAGUGGGGAGGACAACCUGGACCCCAAGCACAGGACCCUGCCCAUCAGCCUGGGGGUGUAGGUGGGACCCCCUCCCCAAACCCCAGCUCUUCUCCAUAUCCAUCUAUGUAAUCAAGCUUGUCCUCAAAUACAUCUGUAGUGCAUCAGAGAAACACACUGAAAUGAAGAGUUCUGAAGAUGGUGGAACCUUUGACAUUAGGGUUGGGCGGCUCUAGGUCCACCGGGGGUGCUAGCGCUGCCCCUUGAAGGGAUUUGAGCAGAACCAGAGCACACCAGCACACACAGCUGUGCAGACACACUUAAGUCCAUGUUAGAGUAGCGUUCCACCUUAAAAGGGUCUGCACUUCUGAACGCCGUUCAGCUUCCGCUUCUGCACACAGCCCUGCCUGCACUGGUAUACAUGCAUCUGUAUUACUGCAUCUGUACUCUGAACUGCUUAA